GAGCCACGAUGGAAGAUCUGGACGACGAGCCAGCGCUCCACGCGGACGCGAACGGCGAGAUCCACCUAAGCCAUGGCACGUGGAUUCGCCUCGAUGACGUCAUCUGGACGCAGGGCCAACGCCUUCUCGUGCUCAACGUCGAGGGCAACCAGAUUCUGGAGCUGCCGCCAAUGCUCGGCAAUCUCGUGCUACUCCGCGUCCUCAACGCGGCCUCGAACCGCCUCACGACGCUGCCCGACGAGAUCGGGCACUGUGCUCAGCUGCUGCAUCUGCAUGUGCAGCACAACUACCUCAAAGCAAUACCCAAAGGGAUCCAAGGCUGCCAGCGCCUUGAGCUCCUCGACGCGAGCGAAAACAACCUCAAGACGCUUCCGAUCGAGAUGCGCAAGCUGCCGGAAAUUCAGACCAUCGAUGUGCGCAACAACCAGCUCGUGAGCCUCCCGCCCGUGCUCAGCGACUGCCCGCGCCUCACGACACUCGCCUGCGACGGCAACAAAGACCUGGCGCAAAUCCCAGAGUCCCUCCGCGACAACUCUCGCCUCGUGCUCUGGAUUCUCCAGCGCCUCAAAGAGCACGCGGCCGAGAUCAAACACAUGACCGACAUCAACAACGACCUCGAGGCCGCGGCUCGGCGCGCCGACGACGAGAAGCUCGAGCUCAAAGACACCAUCGUGCACUUGGAGCGCGAGAAGAAAGCACUUCUGGACGAACGACCAGACAAGUACCUCAAGCUCAAAACUCGCGUCCAGGCCGCGGCGAUCAAGUCGCUCGACGUCACGUCGCAAGUGUGCAGGCUCAUGUAAAGAAGAAUGCAUUACAGUAGUUGAUACCUA